AUGAACCGGAGCCAGAAUCACCCCCUCCACCACCCAGACGACCAUCCACACAAUCGAGAUACCAUCUACAUAUCCGACAACAACCCAUCGCCGCACGCGCCUGCGGCGCAGGCGACAGAGACCGUCGCCCCGUCGAUCCGCCCCCCAAUUGUGCAGAUCCUCCUGACCGACUUCGACUCCAGUUCACAAGAAGACCGGGAUCUCCUCCAAGAUCCCCGCUUCACGGUGGGCUGUCUACUAUUCCCCGUCUCGCCCUCUUUACCAUGGGCCGAACCCACAGACACACAUGCGCAUGAGCGCGAGCGCGAGCGCGAUCAAAAUAAAGACCGGGACCGGCAUCGCGAUAGAGAAAGAGAAACAGACGGCAUCGCCCGCACAGACGACAACUUCUCAACCCCUUUACUAUCUGGUAAAGCCUUCAUGUCCCCCUUUUACGUCGACGCCGACCCAGACCCCAACUCCGCGCCCGCACACCCAUCCUCCACCGAUCCCAACCUCUCCAACCCUCCGCAGAACGUCUGCAACCACGCCGCCUCGCGACUCCACCAACCAGCUACCUUUUUCAUCUUCGCAGACCUUUCAAUCCGCUCGGCGGGGCUAUACAGGCUCCAGUUCCGAUUGAUGAAUUGGGGCUCUGUUGAGGAUACGGGCCAGUCGAUGCCGAUUCUUGCGGAGGCGUGGUCUAAUCCGUUCCGUGUGUAUCCUGCGAAGGAUUUUCCUGGGAUGAGGGAUUCGUCAAUUCUUGCAGAGGGGUUGAAGGAGCUUGGGUUUGUGGAGUUGAAGACGAGGGGGCACGGGAAGGGAAAGGGGAAGAAGAGACGAUGA